AUGCUUUUUGACAGGACUGCCAAAUGCUCUUUCCAUAACAAUAGACAUAUCCAAAACAAAUUUUACAAGCCUGGUGGAGCUGUCAUUGGUGGCAUCUUUUCUUUAAUACAUCCUAAUAUUUACCUGAACAGCUUUAGAGAAAAUCCAGAUGGAAAAUUUAAAGUGUAUAGUGUGGCUCAUAAAAACUAUCAGCAUGUCCUCUCCUUGCUAUUUGCCAUCAAAGAGAUCAAUAAGAAUCCCAGUCUGUUGCCCAACCUGACUCUGGGAUGCUGCAUCUAUGAUGACCUCUUUGAUUCAGGAAGGACAUAUGAGAUGAUCAUGGAUCUAUUAUUCACACAUCAAAUCCAUACACCUAAUUACAAGUGUGAUAGGAGAAAGAACAUACUAUCAGUCAUUGGGGGGCUCUCCAUGAAAACCUCUACAGCAAUGGCCACCGUCUUGAGCACUUACAAGAUUCCCCAGCUCAUCUAUGGAGCAUCUCAGACUAUAAGAAAUGGGAAAAUGCACUUCCCUGCUUUGUACUGGAUGUCACCAGAGGAAACGGUCCAACACAUAGGGAUAGUCCAGUUACUUCUACACUUUAGAUGGACAUGGGUUGGCCUCAUUGUUUCCGAUGAUGAUGAUGGAGAGAGCUUUGUUCAGAGCCUGACACCUCUGCUGACCGAAAAAAGUAUUUGUGCUGCUUUCACAGAAAAGAUUGAGGCAAUGAAUUACCGUUCAUCGCAGCUUUCCUUUGGAAAACCACUUUUGCAAUUAAAAAGAGUACUUGUUUCAGCUAAAGUCAAUGUGAUUAUAAUCAGUGGGACCUCUCAGUCUCUGAAUUCUUUAAUACUGUUCUUAGAGGUAUAUGAGUUUCGCAGAAAAGCCUACAUAGGGAAGGUCUGGAUCCUGCCACCACAGUGGGAUGUCACCAAUACACUCAGUAGCAAUGGAUUCUCUACAAAAACCUUCCAUGGUGCUUUUUCUUUCUUCAUCCACAUGGAUGAGGUGCCCAAAUUCCAGGAGUUUCUCUGGACCUUACAGCCUGAGGAAACACUGAUGGAUUUCCUCUCUGUGUUCUGGCAAGAUGCAUUCCAUUGUCAGCUUCUGAGCGAAUUCUAUAAAAAGUGUAUAACAUGCCGGACCUGUACAGGUGAGGAGAAGCUGGAGAGUUUGCCUGGACAUGUGCUUGAGAUGGAACUUACAGGAGAGAGCUACAGUAUCUACAAUGCAGUGUAUGCCGUAGCACAAGCAUUAUACAUUCCAAGGCAAAAAGCAGUGCGAGAUCGAAGGAAAUUCUUGGAGUUGAAUGUUCAGCCAUGGCAGCUCCACUCUACCCUCAGGAACAUCUGUUUCAACAAUGGUGCUGGGCAUGAAGUCCAGUAUGUGAAUGGUAAAUUGUUGGCCGGUGGGUACGAUAUUGUCAAUUGGAUCAUUUCCCCUAAUCUAUCCUUCAUUAAAGCGAAAGUUGGAAAGAUUUCAUCAACCCAAGAGUUCUUGAUCAGGGAGGAUGUCAUUAAGUGGAACAAUAGAUUUAACCAGACAUUGCCUCUCUCAGUGUGUGUCAAGAGUUGUCAGCAUGGAUACAGCAAGACAGUUAGGGAGGGGAAACCAUUUUGUUGUUAUAACUGUACUCUCUGCCCAGAAAACAUGAUUUCUAACCAGACAGAUGCCGAUCACUGUAUCAGAUGCCCUGAAGAUCAAUAUUCAAACAGGAACAAAGAUCUAUGUAUUCCCAAGGUUAUAACUUUCCUGUCUUGCCAGGAACCCUUAGGGGUGAUUUUAAUUUCUCUUGCUGUUUUCUUUGCUGUGGUCACAUGCCUGGUGAUACAAACCUUUCUAAAGAACUGGAACACCCCCAUUGUCAAGGCCAACAAUCGGAUCCUCACCUGCGUUCUUCUCAGCUCCCUCUUGCUCUGCUACAUUUCCUCCUUCCUCUUCAUGGGCAAACCUGGGAGGUUGACCUGCCUUCUCCGACAAAAUGCCUUUGGCAUCAUUUUCUCAGUUGCCGUUUCGUGUGUUUUGGCAAAAACCACCCUUGUCAUUUUGGCCUUCCUGGCUUCAAAGCCUAGCCACAAGAUGAGAAAUUGGCUGGGACAAAAUGUGGCCAAUGCCAUUGUUCUUUCCUGUUCCCUUGUUCAGGUAUGCAUUUGUCUGACAUGGCUGUUCACUUCCCCUCCGUUCCCCGAGGCUGAUAUGUACUCUCUGGCUGGACAAAUCAUACUGGAAUGCAACGAAGGGUCUCUAACCAUGUUCUACAGUGUCCUCAGCUACAUAGGUUUUCUGGCAAUCGUCAGCUUCAUGGUGGCUUUUCUAGCUAGAAAAUUGCCGGACACUUUUAAUGAAGCCAAGCUGAUCACCUUCAGCAUGCUGGUGUUUUGCAGUGUUUGGAUCUCCUUCAUUCCAGCUUAUUUGAGCACCAAGGGCAAAUACGUCAUAGCCAUUGAGGUUUUUGCCAUCUUGGCUUCCAACACUGGUCUGUUGGCUUGCAUUUUUCUUCCAAAAUGUUACAUUAUCGUUCUGAGACCUGACUUGAAUUCAAGGAAGCUUUCAGGAGAGAAAAGAAAUCAUUAG